AUGACGACGAUGCGCUGCUUCUGGGUGGUGCUUGUUGGCAGUAGUCUUGCUGCCUGGGCCAUGGGUGUUAGUGAUGAUGAGCCGGCCAUUAGCGUGGGUGCAGAUGGCACGUUGUUCAUCAAUGCCAGCAAUCGCGUUGUUGUGAACGGUGUUGAUGUCCUGGGCGUGAUGAAGAAGCUGGCCGUCGAAUCAAACCCUCGGCUGGUGAUGCAGCCGCUUGAGAGUCACAACAUCUCGACAGACGCCGCGUAUGCGCGCUCGGUAUAUGCAACGGACCUGGACAGCGACGGUCACCUCGAUGUCCUCAGCGCAAGCCAAACAAACAAUAGCAUUGCCUGGUACCGCAACAACGCCGAUGGCACCUUUUCUCCGCCAAAGAUUAUCACCACGGAUGCCGAGAGUGUAAGGUCGGUCUACGCGGCAGACCUGAACGAUGAUGGCCAUAUCGACGUUCUCAGCGCUAGCUGGGACGACAGCAAAAUUGCGUGGUACCGCAACAAUGGUGACGGCGCUGUGUUCACACAGCUGGUCAUCACCACAGACGCCGAUGGUGCGCGUGCCGUGUAUGCGGCAGAUCUGGACAAUGACGGCGACCUGGACGUCCUUAGCGCCAGUGCUGACGAUAACAAGAUUGCUUGGUACCGCAACAACGGCAACGGCAACUUUUCCGCACAAAGGGUCAUCACGUCAGAUGCAAACUUUGCGCUUUCGGUGUAUGCGGCAGACCUGGACAACGACGGUCGCCUCGACGUCCUGAGCGCAAGUGCGGCCGACGACACGAUUGCAUGGUACCGCAACAACGGCAACGCCACUUUUUCCCCUCGGAUCAACAUUACUACAAAUGCUUUCUAUGCGACCUCCGUGUACGCAGCAGACCUGGAUAAUGACGGCGACCUCGAUGUCCUCAGUGCCAGCUACAAUGACAACAAGAUCGCUUGGUACCGCAACAACGGCAACGGCAUCUUUUCUACCCAGAUUGUCAUCACCACAGACGCCAACCGCGCCAUCGCAGCGUAUGCAGCCGAUCUGGACAAUGACGGCAACCUCGACGUCCUCAGCGCCAGUGACGAAGACGACAAAAUAGCGUGGUACCGCAACAACGGCGACGGCACCUUUUCCACCCAGAUCGUCAUCACCACUGGCGCCAAUGGGGCGCACUCGGUGUAUGCAGCGGACUUGGACAGCGACGGCGAUCUGGAUGUCUUAAGCGCCAGCCGCCACGACAAUAAAAUUGCUUGGUACCGCAAUCAUGUUCAGCAAAUACUUUUCAAUUUGUAG